CUCCCACCCCACCCCUCCCCCCAAGUACAAACUCUCGAUGUGCCUCUGUGUUUGCCCCACAAAGUACAUACACUCGGUGUACCUCUCACGGCUUAGCAAACAGAUUAUGCGCCCGCGCCGUUAAGUUAUCGUGAUGAAUUAGAUAUUUUGAAAACAGAGCUUCUGUGGUCAAUAUUGACGCAUUAAUGACAUGUCACCAUUUACCGACAAGUCAGACGAAGUUUAAGGAUCUAAACGGGGAGAAACCCACCAUGCUAAUGGCCAAUUAGUGACUUGCUCGGAGUAAAUAUUACUGUCAAAGCACUUGUAGCAGGUUGUGCGAUAACGGUACAAGAUUAUCAAUUAAACUUCGUUAGUGCGAUACUCGUAUUUACGUUGUUUGGUUUUUAUUGACGUUAGUUCUUAAUUUAGGGGAAAAAAUAGAGGUUUCAUUGGCGAUAAAAGGAGGGGGAGUUUCUAACCAGGGGGAUAUUUCAUGUUGCGUAACACGUACUUUAACCAUAGAUAAUCUCCAGUUCUGUAACAAAUUAGAUACACAUAAUCUGUAUUCUAAUUAGGUAUAUUUUUAAAAACCAGGCCAUGUCAUGUUGGCAUGUUAUUGAUUCUUCUCUCGGUGGCGUCAGGUAAACACAAUCUUAGUUCUGUAAAAAACGCUGGAUAACAAAGAUCUUAUAGGAACAUGUGAAAGAUGCCUUUGGGAAAUACUGGCGCCUUUGGCGACACAAUGUAAAGGAAACUUAUACUAAGGAGCGCCAAAUACAUAAUUCAUUGUUAUUUUCGGUUCAUCAACAUUAAAAUACGAGCUCUUAGUAUUCAAAGACAAAGAGACUGUUGAAUUCUGGCUUACACUGACAGCGGUAUUGAAAUUCGCAUUCAAAGCGCAAAUUAGCAGCACCAGUGGCGGGAUAUAAGGUUUGAGAUAGUCGCGUCAUUACGUUGCCAAGCAACCGGCACCCUAUAGGCAUGCGCGUUGGCGGUUAAGCCAAAAACUUGUAAAUCGUGCCCAAAUUGCUCUUGCGAAGCGACCAAUCAUAAUGCAACUGGUCAAACCAUGUCAAUAUCGAGUCGCCCGCAAAACUAGUGUUUCAGACGCGAGGGGAAACUACGCGCCAAGUGUGAAUCGCUGGAGCGCGCGGCAAUGUUUGCCGGAUAAAGGCGACUCUAGGGAAAUCGCGAGGAAUCGAAGAUGCGACAGCAAAAUCUGAGGACCAUUUUCCUUACUAUCUGUUGUUUGUCUUAUCUAUUAGUUGGAGCGGCGAUUUUUAGCGCCUUGGAAUAUGAGGCGGACCAGAAACGCCGGAGUAUGUUAGUGGAGCUCCAAGCGAGACUUACUAGAAAAUACAACAUAACAUCUACGGACCUGAAAAACUGGGAAUUCUUUCUAGUCGCUAAAGCCAACUUGAAGGCGAACCUAUACCAAUGGAGCUUUGCUGGAUCCGUAUACUUCGCCACGACAGUCAUAACAACAAUCGGGUAUGGACACACAGUUCCAAGGACACCGAGAGGGAAGAUCUUUUGUAUGAUAUAUGCAGCCGUAGGCAUACCUCUCGCGCUGACUAUGUUUCAGUCCAUUGGCGAGAGAUUCAACACCUUCCUCGCCUGCAUGUUUAGACGUCUAAAGAGAAAGCUUGGAAUGAAGGCUACAGAUGUUUCAAGCACGACUAAUCUGGUGGUUGUAUGUGGUCUACUUGCGAUGGUAAUAACAGUUUCUUCGGGAGCCUUCAUAUUUACGCACUAUGAAAAAUGGGACUACUUUCACUCACUCUACUACUGCUUUAUCACCGUCACAACUAUCGGAUUUGGAGACUACGUUGCUCUACAAGACAGCAAGGAUGAGAGAUAUAGCAAUAAAUACGUGGGCAUUUCACUACUCUUUAUAUUCUUUGGAUUAACAAUUGUUGGUUCAGUCAUGAAUCAGCUAGCCCUUAGAUUACUGACGGCCAGUCAAACUAAAGAGCCGGUAGAGAACCUAGUCCACGGCGGGCCUAGGUGCGAUAGGUGCUCCGUGAAAUCCUCACCGGAUGACUGUUGCGAGCCACCGUCUGACUAUUCCACCACGCUAUUGAGAAAUUUCGAGGAUGAAAUCACAUUCACGACGUACAAACCGCCGUCAUUUAACUCGAGUAAGAAAAGAGCGUCGAUCUGAUAGAGGUUUAAACGGAUAAACUGCUUUACACCGCAGUUCAAGUUUGGUAAUUUUUUGCUCAAAGGCAGUUCCCAUUUUUAUAAAAAAACAACAUGUAAAUAGCGCUAGUCUGAAGUGGCCUGUGAUAAGGCCCCCAUUACAAGUGAUUUGUAAGGUUGUCUACACAAGAGACUGAACAAUUUUUCCGUAAAUUUGAACCCUGCUAAGAGUCGGUAUUUUUAACUCGACUUGGCAGAACACGCUGUUUGUGGCGUACAAUAAAAAUUCAAAUUCGUAGGGUUCUUUAAACCCCGAAGAGAUCUACACAAAAGAAAUUCGAAACAAGUUUAUACCGAAAGCUGGUCGAAAAUUUGAUAGAUAGAGGUCGCUAUUUGUCUAAUAGAAAAUCGGAAACAAACAGCAUUUUCUGUCUAGUUUUUAACAAAACAACAAUCUCCAGUUUAAACGGGGGAGGAAUUUAGGGAAGGAAAAUAUCCCGAUUCCACCUGUUCGGAAGAUGAAAUAUUGAUUAAUUGUGAUAAUAUUUUAUUCAGAACCGCUUCCACUUGCGAGCAUCUAUUUUCUGGGAAUAUUUAUGCCUCGUUGAAAAUUUUCUUGAAUUUCUCGGAUGAUUUUUUCGACUCUUUCUCUUAAACGUUUUUCCAGCUUCAUAAUUCUAGGAAUAAAAUGAGUCAAUUAUACCAUUCACUUUGAAUCAAUAGCGGGCAAUUCGUAUCGGGCCUAGUUUUAAAGUUUAUUCCAAUAACAAAAAUUAACAUUUUUAGCCCAUGACGAUGGCCAUUCAUGUCUCUCGAUAGGUUUAAUAAUUCAAGCUUUGGGGAUUUCCCCCAAUUUUAAAGUGAAGUAUUUUUAUACAAAAAUUGCAUAAACCGACAUUUAGUAAAUUUCGACUAAAAUUUAGAUGUGAAUAUGGAAUCCACACAAAAAAAAAAAAUAACAAAUAAAUCCAGAGAAAACGAAUAUUCUUGAGAAAACACAGUCGAAUUAUAUCGCACAAUGGAAUUUCAUAACACGAGGUUCAAUAACAAGCCUGUAACAUCAAUAAUAAUAAUAAUACAACCGAAACUA